CUCCAUCUCCCUCACUCGUCGUUGACCAACUACUUUACAUUUCCCCAUUUGUUAAGCCACCUUUAGCUCUCUCCUCCACCUUGUUCACUACCUUUUUCUCUGAUUUUCCAUUUUCUCAAACUUCAAAAUUGGAUCACAGCCACCACCACAAGUUUUCCCUUGAUUCCAUUAUUCCAAUCUUAACAACACCAAAUUCAUAUCAUCUAUGUCUCUUGUUCCAUUUUCUACAUAGAAUCAUCAUCUCUUUGUAAUCGCCAACCUGGGUCCCUUCUCCCCUUCUAUUCCUUAGCAAAAAUCUUAAUAAAAACCAACCAAUUAUGUAAUAUUUUCCUCUUUCUACCUUAACAUCUCCAAAAAAACCCCCAAAAAUUACUUUUUUAUCCCCAAAUUUGAAAAAUCAUGUAGUGUUUAAUCCUUAGGUGUAUCACUAUCCACUAUUCUAUCCAAUCCUUAUCAUUUUUAUCAGUUAAGUCUUUCUUUAUUACCUUGUAUUGAAAAGAAAAAAAAAAGAAUGCCGGAAUCGGAGACCGGGACGCCAACAGCGGCGUCUAUGCCGGCGACGCCGGAUACUCCGGGAGGGCCGCUGUUCACGUCGCUUCGAGUGGACUCGCUGACACACGAACCGUCGUUUACAAUGGCGGGAAGGUGCGGCACGUGUUUGCCAGCUGCCAUGAGUAAGAGCCAUAGUUGCAUCGCUGAUUUCACUGUUGGUGUUCCAAUGCCAAAUGUGUCUCUCGCUCAAAAGGUUGGAGCAGAGUUUGUUGGAACAUUCAUACUGAUAUUUGCAGCAACAGCAGGGCCCAUUGUGAACAACAAGUACAACGGAGCAGAGACUCUAAUGGGCAACGCAGCAUGCGCCGGCCUCACCGUCAUGUUCAUAAUCCUCUCCAUUGGCCACAUCUCCGGCGCCCACCUAAAUCCAUCCCUCACCAUCGCCUUCGCCGCGUUUCGCCACUUCCCAUGGACUCAUGUCCCUGCCUACAUUGCCGCACAAGUCUCUGCCUCCAUUUGCGCCUGCUUUGCUCUCAAGGGCGUUUACCACCCUUACCUCUCCGGCGGCGUCACCGUGCCUUCUAACAUCACUGUUGGCCAGGCCUUUGCCACUGAAUUCAUCAUCACUUUCAUUCUCAUGUUUGUUGUAACUGCCGUUGCCACUGAUACUCGUGCUGUUGGAGAGUUGGCUGGUAUAGCUGUUGGUGCCACUGUUUUGCUCAACAUUCUCAUUUCAGGGCCAACAAGCGGCGGUUCCAUGAAUCCGGUUCGAACGUUGGGUCCAGCGGUAGCGGCAGGGAAUUACAAACACAUAUGGCUGUACUUGGUGGCGCCAACACUGGGUGCCCUUGCAGGCGCCGGCGUUUAUACGCUGGUUAAGCUGCAGGAAAGCGAUGCUCAGCCGCCGCGACAGACUAGGAGCUUCCGUGACAGGGCAGGCUAGCCUAUCAAUCACAUAUACACAUGCUGCUACCUCCCCCUCCCUUUUUGUUUCAUAUUAUUAGGACCACAUAUAUAUUAAAUAAAUAAAAUGUGUGGGGGGAUCCUUGGUUAAUUAUGCUAUGUUUAGUUAUGUGAAAUUAAGUGUGUAUGGUGUGCAUCUCAGAUCCAUGGAAAAAA